AGGAACAUCUUCCCUCUUCUACCUGUGCUGGUUUAAGCUUCCGACCUUUGCCUCUCCUCUCUUCUUCCUCCUUCCAACCUUUUCUUUCUUCUCUGGACCACACAGGCUUAGUAGCCCCCAAGCCUUCUUGGUUUUCUGCAAACACACAAACUCUAAUAAGCCUCCGUCUGUUCCUUUCUCUCUCUCUCUCUCUCUUUCCUUGGCACAUACUCUUUUGCGUGUGAGUGUGUGUGUGUGUGUGUGUGUGUGUGUGUCAAAGAGAUAGUAUUAUAUUGCCGGACAUUAAGUUAUCUUCAACAAGAAGGCAUUUUUCUCCCUCCCCCUCUGAUCAUAUACCUUCUCUCUCCCUGUAUAUUUUUCCUGGAGAGAAGCAAUGUUUCAUGGUUGUUCCUUGUUCUUCCUCCUGAUUUGAGGCUCUCUGUGUACAUGAUCUGCGAAGACUGUGGUUGUUGGAGGAGGCGUGCGGCAUUCUAGGUGGUCAGGGAUGAGUAAGGAGGAAGUGCUCAAGAUUCAGACUUGUGUGCUGAAAGUGAACAUCCACUGUGAUGGGUGCCAGAAGAAGGUCAAGAAAAUCCUCCACAAGAUCGAAGGUGUGUACCAGAGCAGCAUAGACGCGGAGCAGGGGAAGGUGACAGUGUCCGGCAUGCUGGAUCCGGCCACCAUCAUCAAGAAGCUGAACAAGGCCGGCAAGCCUGCCACGCUCUGGGGCUCCAAGCCUGGCGUCAUGGCCAACCAGUUCCAGAAGCUCAACCUUGACGGCGGCGGCGGCAAGGGCCAUCCCAAGGACGCCGGCGGCGGCAAGGGCCAUUCCAAGGACGCUGGCAAAGGUGGCCAGAAAGGCGGUGGUGGUGGCGGCGGCAAGGACCAACAAGCAAAGAUGAUGAUGCCGCAGCCGACGGCGCAGCAGAUUCAGCAGCUCCAGCAGCAGAUGCAGAUGAAGGGGAUGAAGCUGCCGCCGCAGUUCAUGGACGGGGGGAACAACAAGAUGCCGCCGCCCAUGGGGAAGGACCCCAAGUCCGUCAAGUUCGCCGAAGACGAAGACUUCGGGGACGAUGGCAGUGAGUUCGACGACGAAUUCGAUGACGAGUUUGAUGAUGAAUUCGACGACGAGUUUGACGAUGGCGAAUUCGACGACGACGAAUUCUUGGACGAUCCCAAGAUGAUGAUGCUGAAGCAGAUGGGCAUACCGCCAGGGGGCGACAAGAAGGGCGGCGGCGGCGGCAAUGGUGGCAAGAAGGGGAACGAGAUCCCCGUGCAGAUCAAGGGGAACGCCAACAACGGCGGUGGAGGCAAAAAAGAUGCCGGCGGCAAGCAGAAUAACCAAGGCGGAGGCGGCGGAGGCAAGGGCGGUGGCCAGCCGAACAACGGCAAGGGCGGAGGCGGAGGCGGCGGCCAGCCAGGGAAGAAGGGCGGCGGCGGUGCCGGUGGCCCGAUGGGCGGCGGCAAUGGCAUGCCGCAGCAGCAGGCCAUGAUGAGGCCGCCCAACAUGAUGGGCGGCGGCGGUGCCGGCUUUCCCGGCAUGGGUGGGCCUCCGAUGGGCGGGCCGGGCCAGCCCAUGGGCCACCGUCCGCAGAUGGGCAUGGGCCCGAUGCAGGGGCAGGGCGGCCCGGCUCCACCGGCGUUCUUCCAGGGUGGCGGCGGCGGGCCCGAGAUGCUUCAGGCCGCGGCGGCGGCCGGGAACCCCAUGGCGCAGCAGCAGUACAUGGCCAUGGUGCAUCGCCAACAACAGCAGCAACAACAGAUGAUGCAGCAACAACAGCAGCAGCAGAUGAUGAUGCAGGGUGGCGGCCAUGGCCACCACGGCGGCGCGCCGGCCGGGUACCCGCCGGCGGCGGCCAUGGGGUACGGGUACGGCGGCCGUCCGCCGAUGCCGCAGUACCCGAUGAUGCCUUACCCGAUGCCGCCGCACCCGCACUCGGAGCCCUUCAACUACUUCAGCGACGAGAACCCCAACAGCUGCUCCGUCAUGUGACUCGAGGAAGAAGACGAAGACGAAGACGGUCGCUCUGUUCAGAGUCAUCAUCCUCGCCGUCCAUCUGUUCCAUCGGACCGUCACGGUGUGAAGAACUGCUCUGCUGCUACCUGGAUGUCCCAUAAUCUCUCAUCUAGCUCUCGCGCUCUCAUCUUUCUUCUCUUUUCUUUACUUACUUAGCUCUUAUUUUAUCGGGAAAAAGAAGUGGACUUCCUUGAAGGCGAAGGUAGGUAUAGUAAUUAUCUAUAGUUGUCAUGCAUAAGAGAUGAAUGAAUGAAGAUCAUGCUUUUCUUUUAUAUAAAUCCAACAAAGUGGUUACUAGCUC